AUGACAGCUGUUUUCAACGUCCAAGUCUUCUUUGUUGUUUUCAGAGAAGCACUUGAAGCAGUUAUUGUUAUUUCUGUUUUGCUUUCAUUUAUCAAACAAUCUUUGGGAAAAAAUGACCCAGCAUUGAAGAAGUUACUCUACAAACAAGUCUGGAUUGGUGCUGCCCUGGGGUUCGUAAUUUGUCUCAUCCUUGGUGGUGCUUUUAUUGGGACCUUUUAUGGACUUGGCAAAGACAUUUGGAGCAAGUCAGAAGACUUGUGGGAAGGUGUCUUUUGUACAAUUGCUGCAGUAUUGAUCACAGCUAUGGGUAUUCCCAUGUUAAGGAUCAAUAAAAUGCAAGAGAAAUGGAAGGUUAAAUUGGCCACUGCACUUGUUAAAAGUCCUAACAAAAAACUGAUUUUUAACCUUGGACAUCUCACAAAGAAGUAUGCUUUGUUUAUUCUUCCAUUUAUUACUGUGCUUAGAGAAGGUAUUGAAGCCAUUGUUUUUGUUGGUGGUGUUAGUAUUAAUUCUCCUGCAACUUCCUUUCCAUUGCCAGUUGUUGUUGGUUUGAUUGCUGGUGUUUCUGUUGGUGUCUUGUUGUAUUUCUUUGGCUCCAGUAUUUCUUUACAAAUCUUCCUUGUCUUUUCUACUUGUAUCUUGUAUUUGAUUGCUGCUGGUUUAUUCUCCAGGGGUGUUUGGUUCUUUGAGAAUUAUCAGUUCAAUAAACAAACUGGUGGUGAUGCUGCUGAAAAUGGUUCUGGUCCAGGUACCUAUGAUAUCAACAAGUCUGUCUGGCACGUCAACUGUUGUAACCCGUUAACCGAUAAUGGUUGGGAUAUCUUCAAUGCUUUGUUGGGAUGGCAAAACUCUGCCACUUAUGGUUCAGUCAUCUCCUACAAUGUCUAUUGGCUUGUUCUUAUUAUUGUUUUGCUCCUUAUGAGUUAUGAAGAAAAGCAUGGUCAUUUACCAUUCACAAAGGAUUUAACUUUGGUUCAAUUGAAUCCAAUGUACCACAUCAAGGGUAAGAAGAAGUUUGAAUUGAAAGAAGCUGAAAAACAAGAAUUGUUUGCCAAACUUGAACAACAAAAUUUUGGAGAUGUUGAAGAAAUCGUUGAAGGUUCAUCAACCAAAGAUGAAUCGGGCGAAAAUAUUAUAAGCCAGAAAUAA